AUGGGUGAUUUCGUCUUCUACAGUCUACUGGUCGGCAAGGCUGCGGCCAGUGGAAGUGCGUUAUGCACAAUGGGUGCAGCACUCGGGGUCAUCGUUGGCCUGUUGGUGACGUUGAGUCUGUUCUCGAAAGACGAUGAAUCCACUCCAGCGUUACCGAUAUCAAUCGCGUUCGGCCUUGUCCUUCACUUCGGCAUUCUUCUUCUCAUUCAGCCAUUCCUCUGCCACAUCAACCACAAUUUUUACAUAUUCAUUUGA